UCUUUGCUCUACGUAAAUCUACGGACCUUCCUAAUCUUGCUUGUAUUGUGCGAUAAUCUUUAUGGUGUCUGUCAGUAUCUGUUUCAACGUGUAUAUAAUUUCCGUGAUAAUUACAUGUUUUAUAUGUUUACAAUCGAUAAAAGCACAACGAACACUGCAAGAUAAAUCAAUAAAUCGUAAAAUUAAUAACAAUGGCGUUGUCAAGAGCACUAUUAAAACGUUUAAAUUCAGAUGAUUAUCCUUUGCCAAAACGAUUAAAAUUAGCAGAAACUGCAUUUUCUGCUACGGAUUUACCACUCGUUCGCAAAGAAGACUUACUCCUGGAGUGGCUGUGUAAAAUUUGUGUUGAGAAUCGAUAUGCGUGGAAAACUUUGAAUAAUUGUUUAAAGUCUACUCAUAUUGACAUUAAGGCUGCUAAUGCAAAACAAUGUUUGGUCGAUACGCUUGUGCAGACAUUAAACAAUAAUGUGAAAGAUGUAUACGAGGAAGUUCUCGAAUGCUGCAGCUUAGUUCUUGCUAAUAAUAGUAUGCGACAAUAUUUUACACACAAACCAGAAAGAUUAGGUUUUUUAAUAAAAACCGUGUUUCACAGUAUAUCAGAGCAUUCCAGCUGUCAUAAUGUGACAUACCAAGAAUAUGAUCGAUUACUCAAGCCAUGUAGAUUAUUGCCUACAGAAAUUUGUGCUAUAAUAAGCAUUAUUGAAAGUCUGAUGCAAAUGAAUAAACAAUUGAUAACUACAAGAAGUGAACUAAGAUUAAUCUUCAUAUGUGAUAUUUUAUAUCCUAUGUGCAGUUUAAUUGAUCACAGACAUAUCAAUAAUACAGACAAGCUCAGUGUAGUAGCGUACAAAUGUAUGCAGCAACUGUUACUUGGAGAAAUCAAAUUGAUGCGAAAUAAACAAACCUUGGAAAAUGUUCAAACAAUGUUCUCAGACUUGUUUUGUACAUUAUCUAAAAAUGUGGAAACAUUAAAUUUCCAGAGUAAUUUGCUAACAUAUGAGUUUAUUUUCCAUGCUGUAGUAGGCAUUUACAAAUCGGAUGCUGUUUUACUGGAUACAUUUUUCAGAAAUCUGAUUAACUCCUCUGGAAAAUAUAAAUUGGAAAUCUUGAAUGCUUUUCUCAAACUAUUAAACGACGUAACACUCGAUUUUGAUAAUACUAUAGAAGAUGUUACCCUGUUUGAGUAUUUUCAGAAAUUUAUAAGUGACAUUUUAACAUGUGACAAUAUUACAUGCAUACAUUAUGGUGUACUCACGCAACUUUCAUAUAUCAAUCCACUUUUAAUAGAGAGAAAUAUUCCAGAUAUCUUAAAUAAGAUAUUGAUGAAAGAACAAACUAUCGAUUAUACAAACUUAUUAAUUGCAAUUUUACACUCGAGUACGAAAUUGAGACGUGAACAAAAGUUGAUCUCACAAUUGUUAAUAUCGUUAAAGCAUCAUUUGACAAUGGGGACAGUGUAUAGAACAAAUGUGUCAUUCUUUUCAUACGAAUUUAAAAUGAAAUUGAAAGAAACAAUUAGCAACUUUUCCAGUUCCCAAACGAUUGCAACUUUAAGAACGUUAAUACAUUAUUUAAAUACAGAUUGUGUAGAAUUGUUGGAAUAUGAUACUUCGUGUAAAAAUGUAUUAAUAUUGCAGACAACGGUAGAAUUGCUUGUUGUACUUUUUAAAGGUACACAGAUUCUUGAAUAUACUAGAACACUUUCCACCUACGAGAAGUUUGUUAAUGAUUUAAACAAACUGGGAAAUACUUUAUCAUUGUUGAUAAAUAAAGCAUUAUGUAUAAGUCAUGAUAAAAAUAUUAUAAUAAUAUUAUUGAGUGCUGUACAAUCAUUGAGCGAAAUGCAGGAUGCAUUGAAAUAUUAUAUACCAAAAGGUGCUGAUACAAAAAAACUACAGUUCCCAAUUCUUGAUGAUGCUUGGCAACAAUUAAUUCAGAGAAUAACUAAUUUUGGAGAAGACAAUUGCAAAAAUAUCAUGAAUAAACUUAUAUUACAUCGAAUAAGAUUAAAUAUGACAAAUGAACCUAUUAAGCUUCAUGACUUAAUAGGUGGCCUUGACUAUGCUUGGAAUUCCAUCUUGAAAUAUAAUACAGAUAUACUUCCAUUAUUAAGUAACAAAGAGCUAUCCAAAGUAACAUGUUUAUUGUUUGACGAUAUAAUGUCAAGUAAAAAGAGAGAGAAUUUUCAUGAAUGGCUCGAUUUAUUAGAUAAUGAUUGCCUUCAAGAAAAUAAGCGCUUUGUAUUGUGCCUUUUAAGUCAUAUUCUCAUUCAAGUUGGACAUUGUCUGUCAUCAGGAUGUACAAAAUUAAUUAUAGAACACAUUAAUGCCAAAUUGUUGAUGGAAAACGAACAUAACAAUAUGUUGAAAGUCUUGCAAAUUAUAAAAGAAUUGAUAUCACAAGAGCAAUAUGUGCAAAUGACAAAUGCAACUUCUUCUAAAAUAGAAUUACAUUUAGAAAUAUUGCUCCACUUACCAACGAUGUAUUUUAAUUCUAAUAUAAGAAUGUUAGUAUUCCUGGUUGUGUAUUCCAUUAGUAGAGAAUGUGAAAAAACUGAAGUAUUGGACACAUGCAAUAUCAUCUUUUCAGAUUUGUUAGAAAAAAUUGGAAUCGAUAUAUUUCAGUUUAUAGAACCAAUAAUGUUGGUAAAUCAGUUGCCACAAAAUAAAGCAUUUUUAAAAGCUUGCGAAUUCUCUCUUCGCAAUGUGAAAACAUAUGAUGCUCUCAAGAAUCUCAUAAAAAGUUGUACUCGACGCAAAGAAGUUAUGUACAGUCUUUUAGAAUGCAUGGAAUUGGUCAAACCAAAAAUUGAUACAGAGCAAAAAAUUAUUUUCAAAAAGGCAGAGAAAAGAUUAGCCAAAGCUAUUUUAAAAGUGUUACCUGAAAAAAUAAACGAUGCAUCUGAUGUAAAAUAUUUGACAGCAGUGUUAAAAAUAACAGUAUCAACUGGAAAAAUGUUUGAUACUUUGAAAAAAUUAACUGAAUUAACUCUCGAAAAUAUAUUCAUAAAAGAGAGAAAGGUAAUAGAAAAUUUAAAUAACAUACAUAAUAAUAUGCUGUUGCAACAAAGUGUACAGUUGGCUAUUAUUGUUUUACGACAUCGUAAAAUGUUCAAGAUCAAAGAUGGGAUUGUCAAAAAUUUAUGGUUUAUAAUAUUGACGCAUCCUUGCAAAAAUUUACUUGAAGCGUUAUUAGCGUCUCCUGAAUCAAACGAAUUUUAUAAAUUUUUGAGAUUAUUGUAUGCUAAAACGAUUGAUAGUUUGUUACAAGCAGAUGAAACAGCAUGGACAAAUUUGUUUGUUAUUUGGAGCGAUAUAAUGAAGAUAAACAUGAGAAUCAAGCGUAAUAAAGCGCGUUUGGAUGCAAUCAACAAUUUAUUUGAAAUGGUACUGUCGUUGGAUAUUCCUGACAAGUGUUGGUCAGAUAUAUUGUGCUUAGCUCACAAUAUAAUCAGUCACAAGUAUCUAUUUAUUCCGGAUACUACAAUUGAUCUUAUCGUACUGAUCAGUUUAAAAUCGCUCAUCAAAGUAAAAAUUUCGUCAUGCGAUAAUGUGCUCAACAUCUGUGAAACAUUGAUGAAAGUCAGAAUAAAUUUUAUAACAGACAGAUUACCUAAUUUAUUAUUGUUGUAUAGGAAUGUAAUACAUACCAUUGUCCACGCAUCGAAAAGCGUAACUAAUAAAUUUGACGAGCAUCAAUUUAGAUGUUUUGCGUUCGACAUCGAAAAACUUACAGGUUUAUUGUUAAAAUUGAAAAAGGAUAUGAUUCGAUUAAGUCCCUAUGUGAUAUCUGAUUUCUUACAAUUAUAUGUGGUAACCGCUAUACCAUCUUAUAUUAAGAUGGCUUUGUAUAAUUCUUUAUGCCAAUUAAUUAGUAUAUGUGAUCAACAUGGAAUCGCCUUUUUAUCACGUACAUUACCAACAUCAUUGCAGGAAGUCUUCAAAGUACAAUUAAAUACAUUUAAUAAGUUUUAUAAAUAUUCUGGCAAAGUUUAAAUCUUUGUUGUUUCUCUAAAAAGGAUAAUUUUUGAUAAUAAUUUUUCUUGAGAAGAAUUAAUCAAAUAUAAAAA